UCACUGUGGAGAUCUUGUUCAGAAUUGGCCAGUGAUUGCUUGUUAUCCUCCUAGUCUCCGAUUCCCAUUACCCACUCCAAUUGUUCUGGACGCCAGCCUAGGAGAGGGCUGCAGUGGGAUCGAACGACUUUGAUGUUACCUUAGUUGCAUAUCAGACCAGGAUUGAACAAGAUUAAAGCAAGAAGUGAAUUGUCGAAUAAAACGUCUUCUCACGACCGCGUGGUUCAACUCGGCUUCAAUCUGCGCUUCGGAUUCCGGCCGACUAUUCUCUCCGAGUUGUUCUGAGGAACCUCUUUCUAGGUACUAACUUGUGGCCAUCACACAUGGCCUCGCGUGGCUCGGGAAUACGAUUCUCCCCAAUCAAAGCCUAUAAAUAUUCAAUCAGAAACCCUUCCCUCAGAAUCUGAACUAAGCGUUGAUCUCUCAGCCUACAUCUACCAUUCCUCCCUUGGGAAUUGUUAAGAUAUCCUUGCCUUGGAAGAAGCCGAUUCACAAUGAAGUCCUCCGCUGCCACUUUGCUUGCGACAGCUUCCCUGGCGUAUGCCCAGCUCGCCAAUGUCUCCGAACCUACUCUGGCUGAGAUCGAAAAAGCUGCUGCCACCACCGAACCAUACUCUCCCGUGUCCAAUGUUGAGGGUCUUGCCUUCAACCGUUUCUAUCAAAUCUGGCUUGAGAACAUUGACUACGAUGAUGCCGCUGCGGAUGAGAAUGUGCAAUGGCUGGCUUCGCAGGGUAUCACACUGACCAACUUCUAUGCGGUCACCCACCCUUCCGAGCCCAACUACUGCGCUUCAGCCUCUGGCGACACUUUUGGCAUGGACAAUGAUGACUUUCACCAAAUUCCAGCCAAUGUCUCUACCAUCGCUGAUUUACUGGACACCAAGAGGUAUAAUUACUCUAAUCAAGUCACCUAUGCCAAUGACUACGUGCGCAAGCACAAUCCCUUGGUCCUGUUUGACUCAGUUGCCCAGAACAGCACUCGCCUGCGCCAGAUCAAGAACUUUACCAGCUUUGAGGACGAUUUGGCCAAUAAGAAGCUGCCGCAGUGGGCUUUCAUCACCCCCAACAUGACUAAUGAUGCUCAUGACACCAACAUCACCUUUGCUGCCAAAUGGGAGCGCAGCUGGGUGCCGCCAUUGCUGAACAACUCUUACUUCACGAACGAUACCUUGUUGCUCCUGACUUUUGACGAGGACAAGACCUACUCCAAGGGAAACAAGAUCUUCAGUAUUUUGUUGGGCGGUGCUAUUCCCGAUGACCUUAAGGGCACCAAGGACGACACUUUCUACACCCACUACUCUGUCAUUGCAUCCGUCUCGGCCAACUGGGGGCUGCCUUCCCUUGGACGCUGGGACUGUGGCGCCAACAUUCUCGAAAUUGUGGCCAACAAGACCGGUUAUGUCAAUUACGAUGUUGACACUACUAACUUGCAUCUUAACGAGACUUACCCUGGCCCUCUCUCUGACGACGAUUACUCGAAGUACUCCUCUGUGUGGCCGGUUCCCUUGACUAAUGGCUCUUGUUCCGCUGGCCAUGGCAUCCUUGACAUCGUGAAGAAGAACUUUGCUAACACUGAGCCCACCUACAACUACACCAGCCCCUUCCCGUACGAUACCAAAUCCAACUACAACGUUGACGUCACCGCCACCAGGAAGCAGACUAGUUCUAACUCCUCUUCGACCUCUUCCUUUGCAUCUGCAUCUGCUAUUGCCAACGCUGGCACCUCUAUGAUGCUGCCUGGUGUUGCCACUCUCGCUAGCGCCGUUGCAGCUUUGCUCUUGAGCAAUCUGUAA